CACUCUCUAUUGUUAGUUCAGGGCGUUAACCUACAAGUUUUCAGGCCCGUAAAAAUUGUUACAAUUUAUGUGAAUUUUUCGUAACGUUGCUCGCGUGUUUUAAAUUAUUUGUGCAAGGAAAUUUUAGACUCCGUGUUCCAAAUUUGAUUGAACAAUGGCCACCGUCGAGAAGAAUGAGAAUGAGCCGCAACCAAAGAAGCAGGAGAAGCCGGAGAAACAGGAUAGGAAGAGCUAUGACCACCAUCGCUGUUUGGUUACCACCAAGAUGGACCGGGACAGGGCCGACUACAUGAGGUGCACCACCAGGCAGAACAACCGGGAGAGGCAGAUGUUCCCGAAAGACACCGAUGUGUGCUGCUCCACCUGUCCCCCCAAGGAUCAGAGUGAAACGAUCUGUCCGGGGCCUGGUCAGAAAGGCAAGUCAAACAAGGACGACAUGCGUUGUUUCACGCUCAACAUGGUCGUCCAGAAGCUGUAUAUGCCGGGCCGGGACUUCGAAUGUCAAGACAAGCUGAGCAUCAAGGUGGACAUCUGCAAAGGCGUUGCGCCAUGCCUCAAAGCGGAUCGUAUCAACGCGCUGUGUCUGCCCCCCGAGCCGAUCAAGACCUUCCCCAUGGCGGGCGAGUGUCUGGCAAAGAGUCUAGCGGAGGGCAUCUCGAUCGCAGUUGUCUAUAUGAAAAAGGAGAUCGGUCGCGGCUGCUACGUGCUGCCCGAGUCAGUGAUCCUGCGCAUGUGCAAUACUAUUCAGCAAGUGGUGCACACUGCCAACGUGGAGCUCACGUGCCGUGGGUGCACCGUCGGCAUGGCCACCGUCAGAAUAUCUAUGCAAAUGCGGUGCCAAAGCAUGAAAGAAGAAAUAAACGGGACCGCCUCCGGUCUAUGCUCGGCGAGCGAUGACCUCAAAGGAUGCAUCGAGAAGUUUGUGGACCAGCAGGACGUCUUUUUCAUGGUGGGCGACAGCUCUCAAACAUUUCCGUCCUCCUCCACCGAUCCAUGUCUGGGCUUCAGGCCAGAUGACAAGGAGCUGUCUGAUCACCGUUGCUCGGACCCCCGCAGCAGCCUUUCCAAGUUCCGCAGCCUCAACAUGCGCAACGUCAACGACGCCGGUAUUCUGGACCAAUCCUGUGGCCCCAAAGGGCAGCCCUCGAAGCUGGUGGACAUGGCAGGACCCUACGCAGUCUAUGGCUGCCCAGACGCGGACGACCCCUGCCUGACCAUUGAACCUCCAAGAGGGCCCUCGGAUCAGUUCUCGCCCGAGCGGCAGGCGACAUUCGGGGAUGGCGCCACCAACCGCCUGUGCCAUCAGGUGUCGGCCCCAGACCUGAAGCAGAUGCUUAUCAGCUCGUGCCGCUUGUGCCAAGUCUGCGGGGAGGACGUAUCUUGGCUGCCAAAGAUCGGGGCCUGUCCAUACUGCGGCUACAAACCAGUGCCCAUGUUCAAGGAGAAGCCAUAUGACGAGAAUGCAACAGCUGACAAAAUCCUGCUGACACAUCUCGAACAGCCUGAAGAUCAAGCCUGCUUUGAUCUUGGCUCCAUGAGCGGCUGUUCGGACAGAAGUGUCGCAGAUGAUGGGCCCACGUCAGAGGCGUUCGAUGCCAUAGUGCGGGACUACGAGCUGCUGAAGAAAAGUAUUAAGAAGUCCGCUCGGGCUGAGCUAUGUCCCCAUACCCACAAACAGACGCGUUUGUCAAUGGCCAAGGAAGCCGAAGACAAGCAACCGCAGCCGCAUCUAGCCAGUGUAUUCGCAGAGCUAAAGGAGCUCUUCAAAGAUAAGUCCAACGACAAGAGUCUAAAGAUUGAGGAGAUUUGCGAGGAGGCUUGCAAGCUCUCCAGAGUUUCCACGGCUCGCAAUAACGGGAAACCUGCAGACGUCAAGGACAAGGGCAAGGAUUUGGAGGAUCCGUGCGCAGUGCCCAAGAAACGCAAAAAGCGACCCCCACGCCGGAAAAUGCCCUUCAAGUCCAAGUUCUACGCAAUGCUACCCAAAGGAAGAGAUGGACAUGCGGCGCGCAGCCAUGCCCACUGCUUUGACGGCGAUUCGAAGGUGCCGAGCAACAUGGGGUGGCUCUGGACCGCCCACCCACUGGCCAAGAAGCCCGGGUGGCGACCGGGGGCCAUUCGCCGAUCCAUACGGGAGCUGAUGCGCUACUUUCUCAAAGACUACCCCGUGGACACCAUACCCGUGUCGAAGUACAUGACCUACUACAAUCACAAGCCGCGACCGCCUGCCGACUAUGAGGAGAAGGCCGAGGACCUGGUGCAGGUGCCGACGCUGCACAUCGAGAAAAAGAACGACGAGUACAUCAUCACUCUGCGACCCCUUAAGGACACGGAAACGCUGAAACGGUCCGCAAACCCUUACGUCAACAUGAAACCCGUCCAGUUCCGCAUUGUGAAGAAUCCGUUACUGAAGGAGGUGCGCGACCUAAAGCGCUGCCUCAAGAGCAUGGGCUUCAGCAAGUGCUCCUGCCACAGGCCCGUGACCGAGUGCUACUGCCGCAGCUUCAUCGACAAGAAGCGCCUGGUCUACCACCUCAAAAAAGAGUGCGAGCGACGCCAGAUCGACAACUGUGAAAACGACCUCGUCCUUUCCGAAACUACCGACAGUGAGGCGGAGUAUGAGUUUGGAGUGACCCCGCCGGCGGGCCUCAUGCAUCCGGAAAGACUGAAGAAGUCGCACGUGAAGCAUUGUGAAACGCAGUACAACGAGAACGAUUGGGCCAUGCCCAGCAUGUUCCCCCAUCCUCCAAAUCCCUUCGUACAAUACGGCGCCUGCGUGCUCGGUGAGCGAAAGAAACCCUUCGACUGGAUAUUCGGCAAGGGCAAUGUACACCAGGAGCCCAAGAAGCCUCUUAUGCGCAACAAGCCCAAAACGAAGAAGAAAAAGAAGGCACAGCCGGGUCGCCAGGAGGGUGGCUUCAUUAGCGAAAAAUUGGCCAACUCUGCCGGCCAGACGCAGACUUACGAUCCGCAGGAGUACUCCAAUGACUAUAACUCCCCGCUUAGCGGACACCGCAUGCGACUCUUGAACCAAGCAGCCUACCCGCCAACGGAUCCCCAAAGGCUGUGGAGCGAGGUACCUGGGAUAGGUAAGCGCAGGGAGAAGCUCGUCAGAUUCGACACCGAUCCAGUAAGCUCUUUUCGUGAAAGGAACCUUUCCUAGACAGUCAACAAGUGUCACGCCGUACUACAUACACUAUUCGAGCAUGUCGACAGAUAUUUUAAUAACCAUUUAUAAAUUUCAGGCCCCCAACAUAAAAUUCUAUUUUUCAAUAAAAUAAAUUAUACUGGUGUCCGCAAUAACGGAAAA